GUAUUAUUAUUUGUAUAUAUUUACUAUAUAUAUAUAUUUCUAAAUAUUUAAAAAUGAAAUAUAUUAAUUAUUUUAUAUUUAACAUUAUUUUCUUUGUAUUAUUAAUAAAUAUUGUAAAAUCUCAAACAAUUAUUUUAAGUGGUACUAUUUAUGACCAGCAUCCAAUGUAUAACCCUAAUUUUGAACCGGAAAAUGGUCUACUGACAAAAAAAUUGGUUAAAUCAGUAUUAAAUCCAGUUACUCGUGUACCAGAAUUAAAUUCUUUAAGCCCCUCUAUAACAACAAAUCGUGAUGGUAGAAUGAUAAAGCCUGAAUUAUUCCAAUAUUUCUUUUCACCAAAUAAUAAUGCUUCUUCACCAGGUUAUAACAUCCCAAUACCAAUUAACUUAACAUUAGAUUUUAAUUCUGACAGUGGUAUCUAUACCUAUAGUAAUCAAAAUUUCUUCCCAAUUGAUAAUCAAGGUUUUGAUGUCGAUUCAUCCAAAAGGUUAUAUAAAGAUGAUAAUGGUAGAUAUCAUAACUUCCAUUUCUGUUUAAAAGUUAACUCAAAUUUCUUAUUUAAAGGUGGUGAAACGUUUAGUUUUGUUGGUGAUGAUGACUUUUUUGUUUUCAUUGACAAUAAGCUUGUCAUUGAUUUAGGUGGUUUACACUCUGCCGAAUCAGCAAGCGUUAAUUUAAAUUCAUUAGGUUUAACAAGAGGCAAUGUAUAUCCAAUUGAUUUCUUUUAUUGUGAAAGACAUACAACAAGAUCAACCAUUAGAAUUGAUACCAAUAUUUUAAUUACUUGUAAUUACUAUGACUAUUGUGGUAUUUGUAAUGGUGACGGUACCAGCUGUUGUAAUGCCCAAACCACAUGUAACGAUAAUAAUCCAUGUACAACCGACAUAUGUCCUUCUCCAACUACAAAGAUCAAUGGCCCAAUAUCAAACUACUGUAUACAUACCCCAAAGGAGUUUUCUCUUCCAUCUGACAAUAUCUGUUUUACCAAACAAUGCAAUAGUACUACUGGCAAUAUUGAUAGUUUCCCAAUUACUUGUUUAGACUUAUCAAAUGACUGUUUAAAGAGUAUAGGUUGUAACUGGACCAAUGGUUGCCAAUACGAGUCAUCAUGUACUGACGCUUGUCAAGUUAAGAAUCAAUGUAACAAUGGAACAUGUGUAGUUAAAUCAUCAGAUUAUUGUGCUAAAGAAUUAGAUGAUGAUAGUGCUGAUAUUUGUUCUGUAUACUCAUGCGAUUCAAGUCAAGGUGGUUGUAUUAAACAAGAGAAAUGUCAACAGGGUUCAAAUAAAUGUCUCGUUUCAUUGUGCGAUCCUUCAAAUGGUGAAUGUAUUGUAAGAGAAGUUCCAAAUCCAUAUGCUAAUAAUUCCUGUAUAGAAGCUACAUGUGAUCCAGAUACAGGUUUAUAUACACCAUCUGAAAAAAACUGUGGUGAUAGAUCCAAUGAAUGCUUAUCAAAUACUGGCUGCAAUCAAAGUGCAGGUUGUGAAUACCAAACUUUAUGUAAUAAUGUUUGUGAUGUAGGUCAAUGUAACAAUGGUACAUGUGUAGUUAAAACAUCGGACUAUUGUGCUAAUGAAUUAGAUAGCGAUAAUGCUGAUAUUUGCUCAGUAUACUCAUGCGAUCCAAAUCAAGGUUGUAUUAAACAAGAGAAAUGUCAACAAAGUUCCAAUAAAUGUUUAGUUACAUCAUGUGAUUCUUCAAAUGGAAAUUGCUUAGUUGAAAAUGUUCCAAACCCAAAUGCAAACGAUUCAUGCAUUAUUUCAAUAUGCGACCCAGUCACUGGUUUAUAUUCAUCAUCACCACUUCAAUGCCCAGAUAGAUCCGAUGAAUGUUUAACUUUGGUAGGUUGCAACCCAACUGCAGGUUGCGAAUACGAAACAUUCUGUAAAGGAGUUUGUGAUGCCAAAGAUCAAUGUAUUAAUGGAACAUGUGUAGCCAAAACCCCAGAGUAUUGUGCAAAUGAAUUGGAUGGUGUCAAUGUAGAUUUAUGUGCAGUAUAUUCAUGUGACUUAAAUGGCUGUGGCUGUAUAAAAGGAGAGAAAUGUAAAAGAAAUUCUACAAAUCCAUGUAUCGAAACAUCUUGUAAAGCAUCUACUGGCGAAUGUUUUGAAAUCGAAAUUCCAGGUGACCAAUGUGAUUGUGGCUGUGAAAUUAAAAACAAAUGUAUGAGAUCCCAUUGCACUAGAGAGGGUAAGUGCUCACCUGUAUUUAGAGAGGAAAUUGAUGAUGGUAAUAUAUGCACUGAUGAUUAUUGCGAUCCAUGCACUGGUUUAAUUACUCAUGCUACUGCUUCAAAAUGUUUAAAUUGCAACUCUUGUUAAAGAAAAUAAAUAAUAAGAUAAACUAAAAAAAAUACAAUAAAAUAGAAAAAUUAUUUAUUUUUUAUAUUUAAAUU